AUGCAACGUGACUUGACAUUCAACUCGGUGGCUGAUUCAUCCAGGGACAACCUUGACAAUCAGGGACAACCAGAAGAUCCCUUCACUUCAGCCAAUGACCCACACGUCUCCGGUCUAGGAUCGCAAAGUGAUUCACAAUCAUCUUCACCUGAAAAUAGAAGCACUACCCGCUUCACGAGUUAUGCGCCCGACUACGGAUACCCUAACUCUGGUACCUCAUCUCAUCUUUUGCUGAAAACGGUCUCGAGGGAGGAGUAUGCAAACCCACAAGACCCUGGCCACCGCGGCAGAAACCAAAACGAGUCGAUUCAUGUAGCAUCCGAAUUCGACCGUUACCCAUCUAUUGCUGGCUCCCGUGUGGUUUCUUCGAGCUCCUUGAGUGCCCACUUUCUCAACGGCCAGCAACAGAACAAUAGCCAGCUCAGAAGAGAAGGGCUGAGUGCUCUGAGCCAAGAUGAGCUGUCAGAUAAAUCGUCUAGUCCUUUUGUGUCAACAAUGGACUUCUCGCCAUUCGGCGGGUACCCAGCUUCUUCGUUUCCUUUGCAUAUCGACGAAAAGGAAGAAGAUGAUUAUUUGCAUAACCCAGAUCCUAUCGCAGAUGCAGAGUACGACAAAAAUCGUUUCUACUAUGACUUAAGGUCAAUGGAUAAACGUUCUGCCUUGGGUCUCGUAGGAUUGGUACUUUUCUUCUUAACGGCAAUUGUGAUCUUCGUUGUUUUGCCGCUAGUGACCUACUCGGGUAUUACCGAGCAUUAUGAACCACAAAGUUAUGAGAUUCUCACCAAAUACCAAUACCCACUCUCUGCUGCCAUCCGCACAUCAUUGAUCGACUCUGACACUCCUCAAGAGUUUUACAAGAAAAAGGUGCAUAACGGGGAUGAAUGGGUCUUGACAUUCUCAGAUGAGUUCAACGCAGAAGGUAGAACCUUUUACGACGGAGAUGACCAGUUUUUCCAGGCCGCAGACCUCCACUACGAUGCCACAAAAGAUUUGGAGUGGUACGAUCCCGAUGCUGUCACAACCGCCAACGGUACUUUGGUCCUCAGAAUGGAUGCUAUCAAAAAUCAUGACUUGUUUUACCGUUCCGGUAUGGUUCAAUCAUGGAACAGAUUGUGUUUCACACAAGGAUUGAUUGUCGUUGCAGCAAAGCUUCCAAACUAUGGAAAUGUGUCUGGCUUGUGGCCCGGUCUCUGGACAUUAGGUAAUUUAGCACGUCCCGGCUACUUGGCUACUUCUGAUGGUGUCUGGCCAUAUUCGUACAAUAGCUGUGACGCGGGCAUCACAGCAAACCAGUCAUCUCCAGAUGGAAUCUCUUUCUUGCCAGGCCAGAGAUUGAACUCAUGUACAUGUAAGGGCGAGGACCAUCCAAAUGCCGGUGUCGGGCGCGGAGCUCCAGAAAUCGAUAUUCUUGAAGGAGCCGUUGACACCGUCAUUAAAGUCGGAGUUGCCUCCCAAUCACUUCAAGUUGCACCAAUGGAUGUCUGGUAUAUGCCAGAUUAUAACUUCAUCGAGAUCUACAACCACGAAGUGACAAACAUGAACACAUAUGCUGGAGGCCCAUUCCAGCAAGCCAUCUCCGCAGUUUCCACUCUCAAUACAACCUGGUAUGAGGUCGGAGAUAAUUCAGGACACUACCAGGAGUAUGGCUUUGAGUAUCUCAACGAUGACAGCAAUGGUCAUAUCACAUGGUAUGUCGGGCAGGAUGCCACAUUUACCCUCAAAUCCUAUUCGUUGGGACCCAAUGGUAACGUGGGCUUCCGUCCCAUCUCCAAAGAGCCAAUGUCGAUCAUCAUGAAUUUGGGUGUUUCCAAUAACUGGGCGUACAUUGAUUGGCCUUCCAUCCGUUUCCCUGCCCAGAUGCAAGUGGAUUACGUGAGAAUUUACCAACCAGCAGACCAAGUCAGUUUGACUUGCGAUCCAGCUGGCUUCCCAACAACCAACUACAUCAACAGCCACAUCAACGCAUACCUGAAUGUGAAUCUUACAUCUUGGGCCAAUUCGGGAUACAAAAUGCCCCGGAACAAGCUUGUUAACAAAUGUUAA